UGCCCUUGUCUGAGUUUCUGCCUGGCUUUUUUCCUCUGCUCAGAUCUUCUCUUUGCUGCGGUGCUGCAUUAAGCAUGGAGAGUGACCAGUCUUCCACCUCACCUGGGCAGGACAUGCAGGGGCAGAGUGGGGACAGAGCUGCCCCUGGCCUGCCAUCCCCUGCUCCUGCCCCCAUGGAGCAGCCAGGCAGCUGGCCCCAAGCAGCCGUGUGUGACAUCUCGGAGGAGCUGAGCCGGCAGCUGGAGGACAUCAUCAAAACCUACGGGUCUGCCACCAGCCUGAUGGAGAAGGAAAGCACUGCUGCAGGAACAGACAGGCCUGAGAAGGGAGAGCCAGGCAGCUUGGAGGAUGCAGAGUAUGAGGAUGGAAAUGAAGAGAGUGAGAAAGAGAAGCUGGCUCCUGGGGAUGCCUCCAAAGCAAAGGAGCCCAGUGGCAACAAGGAGCAGAAGCUGGAGAAGAAAAUCCUGAAGGGACUAGGAAAAGAAGCCACCCUACUGAUGCAAAGUUUGAAUAAGAUGAAUACUCCAGAAGAGAAGCUGGACCUGUUGUUUAAGAAGUAUGCUGAGCUGCUUGAAGAACAUCGUGCUGAGCAGAAGAAGCUGAAGUAUCUACAGAAGAGGCAGGCCCAGAUCACCAAGGAGAAGGACCAGCUGCAGAGUGAGCACAGCCGAGCCAUCCUCGCCCGCAGCAAGCUCGAGAGCCUGUGCCGGGAGCUCCAGAGGCACAACAAGAACCUCAAGGAGGAAACAAUCCAGCGGGCACGGGAGGAAGAUGAGAAGAGGAAAGAAAUAACUAAUCACUUCCAGGGCACGCUGAGUGAAAUCCAGGCUCAGAUCGAGCAGCAGAGUGAGAGGAACAUGAAGCUCUGCCAGGAGAACACGGAGCUGGCCGAGAAGCUGAAGAGCAUCAUAGACCAGUACGAGCUGCGGGAAGAGCACCUUGACAAAAUAUUUAAGCACAGAGAACUUCAACAGAAACUGGUGGAUGCCAAGUUGGAACAGUCUCAGGAAAUGAUGAAGGAAGCCGAGGAGCGACACCAGAAAGAGAAGGAAUAUCUCCUGAACCAAGCUGCAGAAUGGAAGCUCCAGGCCAAAAUGUUAAAGGAGCAAGAGACUGUCCUGCAGGCACAGAUCACUCUGUACUCUGAAAGAUUUGAAGAAUUUCAGAAAACCUUGGCCAAAAGCAAUGAAGUGUUUGCCACAUUCAAACAGGAGAUGGAAAAAAUGACAAAGAAAAUGAAGAAGUUAGAAAAGGAUACUGCUACAUGGAAAUCCAGGUUUGAGAACUGUAACAGAGCAUUACUGGACAUGAUUGAAGAGAAAGCCAUGAGGUCCAAGGAAUAUGAGUGCUUUGUGCUGAAAAUCCAGAGACUAGAGAACCUCUGCCGUGCUCUGCAGGAAGAGAGAAAUGAAUUGUACAAAAAAAUAAAGCAAGCACAGUUCCCAGAAGAGGUGAAUGGAAACGGCAUCUUAGAAGAAGAAGAAGAAGAAGAUGAUGAAGAAGGUGAUACUAAAACAACGCCUUCCCCCUCUGAGCAGGAGAGCAUUGAGCUGCAUGAGAGUGACAAGAGGAUGCUGAAGCAGCUGGCUGAAGCUUUCAGGGUGUCCCACAGGGCAGAGGAGUCCCUCCCAAGCAACAGCAGCAAUCCAGAGCCCUGUGACACUCAAACAUGUAAUGCCAUCCUGGUGCCAGAACCUCCUGCUCCUCUCACUCUACAUUCAGAGGCUGGGAAAACCUGUGAGCAGCCCAGCAUGAGCACAGCAGCACCCACUGAACACACAGCAGCACCCACUGAAAGUAUGACAGUGCCCACUGAGAACGGGUCAAAGCCCACCAAAAGCACGCCCUCACUUCCAGACAGGGUGCCAACACCCACAGAAAGUGUGCCAGUGCCUCCUGAGAGUGUGCUUGUCCCCACUGGGAACAUGCCAAUGCCCACUGAAAGCAUGCCAGCAACCCCUGAAAACGUGCCAACCCGCACACAAAGCACACCCAUCUCCCUUGGGAAUAUACCAGUACCCAUUCAGGGCCCACCAAAAGCUGCAGAAUGUGUGGAUGGCCCAGCAGAUAGAUCUGUCCAGGGGCAGUCUGGGAAGCAAACAGGGGACACAGACAUGGAAGCAGUGGAUUGAAGACACCAUGUGCCCAGGCUUGUCUUCUGCAAACCAGAGCUCUGCUUUGUCCUCUAAAUGGAUACCUUUUUUUUUUUUUUUUAAGAAACAAAAAUUGUUUCCUAAAACACACUCAUGUAUUUGUAUGCAAAUGUAACGCACUUCUCUUUGCUACCACUAUCCAGUAAUAAUGGGUCUGCAAAUUUUGCAGUCCUUCAUCUGCUUGAAGUAUAAUACUUUCUUAAUGACAUGGAAAUACAAUGAAAUCACAGGAUCUCUUUUUCCCAGGCAUGAUGAGUCAUCUCAUUCAGGAAAAUAAUUUUAGUGUUGCACUUCCAUGUUUCAAAAAACGAUGCAA